GCCACAGAGCUGAACGACGAUCGCACUCCAGCCGACGCAACGGUGAGGACCACCUUCACCAUCCUGCUAAUCGACAUAAACGACAACGCCCCGAAGUUCAACAGCUCAGAGUACCGAGUCCUCAUCACGGAGCUGGCGCAGGUCGGGUUCGCCCUGCCGCUCUUCAUCCAGGUGGAAGAUAAGGACGAGGGGGUGAACAGUAUGUUCCAGGUGUUUCUGACAGGAAACAAUUCGGAAUACUUCACKAUCUCACCAACAGCAGUGCAAGGCCGAGCUGACAUCCGAGUCAGGGUUGCCAUGCCUCUCGACUAUGAAACCAUCCGCAGCUUCAGCUUUUCGCUCUUUGCCAAUGAGUCCAUGUCAGACCAUGUAGGUUUUGCCAGAGUCUUUAUUGACCUGAUCAAUGAGAACGAUAACCGUCCCAUCUUCAGCAAACCUCUGUACAACGUCAGCAUUCCUGAGAACACACCUCCUGGUACGCCUCUGCUGCAGGUCCUGGCUACAGACGGAGAUGCCGGCAUUUUUGGGGUUGUUCGAUAUUCCUUCACAGACGAUCCAGACCAGUUUACACUGAACGAGGAGACGGGCUGGGUCACUCUGAAGGCUGCUCUGGACUACGAGUUGAUGCGCCGCUACACGCUGACCGUGCUGGCGAGGGAYGGCGGCGGGGAGGAGACGACAGGAAGGAUCCGCGUGACCGUGGAGGAUGUCAACGACAACGUGCCCCUCUUUCAGAAGGAGGCGUACGUGGGGUCCAUCAGAGAGAACGAACCAACUGUCCAGUCGGUGGCACGCAUCAGGGCCACCGAUGAGGACUCCCCUCCCAACAACGUCCUGACGUACACCAUCACCUCCGCCUCCGCCUUCGGUGAAUUCUUCAGCAUCGUCAUGGUGGAGGGCUACGCAGUGAUCAGCGUCACCAAGCCUCUCGACUACGAGAAGGUUCCCAACGGGAUGAUUUACCUGACGGUGAUGGCCAAGGACGGGGGGAGCCCAGCCCUCAACAGCACCGUCCCCGUCACGGUGGAAGUGAUCGAUGAAAACGACAACCCGCCUGUGUUCAGCCAACAGUCUUACAUCAUCAAAAUCCCAGAGAACAUCAUUGCAGGAGAGCUCACCACCACAGCCUUCCUGGACCGAGAGCAGAAGUCUGAGUACAUCCUGAUAGUCAGAGCUGUGGAUGGAGGGGUUGGUCCGCAGCAGAAGACCGGCAUCGCCACGGUAAACAUCACCAUCCUGGACAUCAACGACAACGCUCCUGCGUGGCAAGACGAGCCCUACAACGCCAACGUGGUGGAAAUGAGUCCCAAAAACACCGACGUCAUCUCAGUGCUGGCCUCGGACCCCGACAGCGGGGAAAACGGGACCAUCAUCUACAGCAUCAGUCCAGAGAACCCUUUCUACACCAUUGACAACAGAACAGGGAAGAUCCGGACCAGCGGUCUCACCCUGGACCGAGAAAGCUCCAACCUGAGAGACGCGGUCCUCAUGAGGACCAUCGUGGUCUCCGCUGUGGACCGCGGCGCUCCUCCACUGCGAGCCACGGCCAGCGCCACAGUUUCUGUCAACCUGCUGGAUCUGAACGACAACGACCCCACCUUCCUCAAUCUGCCGUUUGUUGCUGAAAUACCCGAGGGAUUACCGGUUAGAACGUCGGUUUUUAGGUUCUGGAUGUAAACGAUGAGACUCCUACCUUCAACCCUCGGCUCUACAACGUUUCUCUGCUGGAGAGCGUCCCCAGGAACUACGUGGUGUCGCUCCUCCUCUGCUCCGACAACGACACCGGCCUCAACGCCGAGCUGAGCUACUUCAUCACAGAAGGGAACCAAGAUGGUAAAUUUAGCGUGGGCUUCAGAGACGGAGUAGUUCGGACCGUGGUGGGCCUGGACAGAGAGACCCAGGCUGCGUAUACUCUGGUUGUUGAAGCUAUAGACAACGGUCCGGCCGGCAGCCGAAGGACCGGGACCGCCACCGUCUUCGUGGAGGUGCUGGACGUCAACGACAACAAGCCCAUCUUCUUCCAGAACAGCUACGAGACCAGCGUGCUGGAGACGGUGCCGCAAGGAACCAGCAUCCUUCAGGUUCGAGCCACAGACGCAGACCAGGGGGAGAACGGCAGAGUCCUGUACAGGAUCCUGACUGGAAACAACAACAAUCAGUUCAGCAUCGACAGGCAGACGGGGCUGGUGACGAGAGGCCCGCAGGCCCUGGACCGAGAAACCAGGAGCUCCCACGUGUUGGAGGUGGAGGCCUACAACAGUGACGAGAGCAGCAUGAGGAGCUCCGUCAGGGUCAUCGUCUACGUGGACGACGCCAACGACGAGGUGCCGGUGUUCACCCAGCAGCAGUACAACCGCCUGGGCCUCCGAGAGACCGCCGGGAUCGGCACGUCUGUGAUCGUGGUGCGCGCCACCGACCCGGACACUGGCGACGGUGGAGCCGUGGCGUACGCCAUCGUGUCCGGCUCGGACCGUAAGUUUGACAUCGACGUGAGCACGGGUCUGAUCACCACCUUGGACUACCUGGACUACGAGACGAAGACCAGCUACCUGAUGAACGUGUCCGCCACCGAUCAGGCGCCGCCGUUCCACCGCGUUUUCUGCAGCGUCUACGUGACGCUGCAGAAUGAGCUGGACGAGGCCGUGGCCUUCUCCGCCCCCGGCUACGAGGUGUCCCUCCGAGAGAACAUAGCCACGGGGACCGAGGUGAUCCAGGUGCAGGCCAAGUCGGCCGACAACCUGAACCAGCUGACCUACAGCUUUGACCCCGACACGUCCCCCGCCGCGCUGGCGCUCUUCAAGAUCGACAGCGUCACGGGCCGGAUCACAGUGAAGGGUCUGGUGGACAGGGAGAAGGGGGACGUGUACACCCUGACCAUCGUAGCUGAUGAUGGGGGACCGAAGAAGGGCUCCACCGUGAAGGUAUCCAUCACCGUUCUGGACGAAAACGACAACAGUCCAGAGUUCGACAUUACCUCUGAUAGGACUGUGAGCGUUCCAGAAAACACAGCCAUGGGCACGAUGGUGGCGGUGGUGCUGGCCCGAGACCGAGAUGCUGGAUUAAACGGACUGGUGAAUUUCACUCUGGUGGCCGGGAACAUGCAGGAUGUUUUCAAGAUCAAGACGGUGAACUACAGCUACGGGGAGGUUUACGUCAACGCUCCUCUGGACAGAGAGUCAGUCGACCGCUACCUGCUGAAGGUGCGAGCCACUGACAACGGCUCACCUCCCAGGUACACAGAUAACUCUCUGACUGUCAACAUCCUGGACGUUAACGACAACCCACCUGUCAUUCAGAGCCCGAGGGGCUACAACGUUAGCGUUAACGAGAACGUCGGCGGAGGCACGUCGGUUCUGCGCGUGGUGGCCACGGACCGAGACAUCGGCUCCAACGCCAUGCUGUUCUACUACAUCACCGCCGGGAACGAGGACAUGACGUUCCGCAUGGACCGCAUGACCGGAGAGAUCGUGACCCGACCGGCGCCGCCCGACCGCGAGCGCCAGCAGGACUAUCGCCUCGUGGUCACCGUGGAGGACGACGGCGCGCCGCCUCUGUCGGCUUCGACCACAGUGAACGUCCACGUGGUGGACGAGAACGACAAYGCCCCGGAGUUCCCGGAGGAGGAGUACGUCACGGUGCUGAGGGAGGGGCCGGAGACGGUGGGCGCCACCAUCGCCACGGUGACGGCCGUCGACCCGGACGAGGGUCCGAACGGCACCCUGCGGUACGCCAUCGCCAGGGGCAACCUGGUGGACACGUUCACCAUCAACAACRUGACGGGUCGGAUCAGCGCCGUGAAGGAGCUGGACUACGAGAUCAGCAACGGACACUACCUGCUGGUCGUCACCGCCACGGAUCAGUGUCCCAAACCUGCUCUACGCCUGACGUCCAGCACAACCGUCCUGGUGAACGUCCUGGACAUUAACGACGUGACGCCCACCUUCCCCCGCAGCUACGAGGGUCCCUUCGAUGUGACGGAGGGUCAGCCGGGGCCCCGAGUCUGGACCCUCCAGGCCAGCGAUGCAGACUCGGGUCUGAAUGGCAAAGUGGAGUACAGCAUCACCGCCGGAGACUUCCAGAACGAGUUCACCAUUUCUCCCGUGGACGGCGAGCUUCGGGUGAGGAAGGACGUGGAGUUGGACCGAGAGAGAGUGGCCUUUUACAACAUCACGGUCACCGCCCGCGACCUGGGAACACCGCCUCUCAGCAGUUCGGUGGUGGUGGGGGUGAACGUCCUGGACGUCAACGAUAACGACCCGGUCAUCCUCAACCUGCCGUACAACACCAGCGUGAGCGAGACCGCCGCCGUGCACACCUCUGUGGCCCAGGUGCGCGCGAGCGACGCCGACAGCGGACGCAACGCGCUGCUCACCUUCAACAUCACUGCCGGGAACCUGGACGGAGCUUUUUACAUCAUCGACACGACAGGUGUGGUGCAGGUGAACAGACCUCUGGACAGAGAGCGAGUGUCUGAGUACGUCCUCACCAUCACCGUUAAAGACAACCCGGAGAACCCCCGCAACGCUCGACGGGACUCAGACUUCCUGGUGGUCACCAUCCUGGACGAGAACGACAACAGGCCGAUCUUCACAAAGCCCAGCUACAGAGCUGAGAUCCUGGAGAACUCUGCAGCAGGCAGCAUCGUAACCAUUCUGAACGGGCCGAUUCUGGCUGAGGACAAGGACAUCGGGAUUAAUGCCGUGGUGACGUACCGGCUCCUGGGUGCACGGGUGGACCUCUUCACUGUCGACCCCAACACCGGUGUCAUCCUGGUGCGUCAGGGAGCAAAGCUGGACCGGGAGGCGUUUCAGGAUCCUCGGGUGGAGCUGACUGUAGUCGGGGAGGACAUCGGAAAGUUAAACAACAGCGUCCCCCUCACGAUCACCAUUCUGGACCAGAACGACAACCCUCCUAUCUUCAACCCACCCAGUUUCAGCGUCCACCUCCCAGAGAACAGCCCCACUGGUGUGGUGGUGACUCAGCUGUCCGCUACCGAUGCCGACUCCGGCGCCAACGGCUGGCUGAUGUAUCGGUUAGAAAGCGGGGCUCAGGACCGCUUCGUGGUCGACUCGCUGUCCGGAGCGGUCCUGGUGGGCAACGUCACGCUGGACAGGGAGGAGCGCGCCUCCUACCGCCUCGUGGUGAUGGCCAUCGACCGCGGUACCCCGCCUCUGUCGGGCACGGCCACCCUGACGGUCAUCCUGGACGACGUCAACGACUCGCGACCACGUUUCCUAGAACCUGUGACCAUGAUCAACGUGAACGAGUCGACCCCGCCUGGCGUGGUGGUGGCCACGCUUACAGCCGAAGACCCCGAUCUAAACCCACGACUUGAGUAUUACAUCAUCUCUGUGGAGGCAAAGGAUGAUGGGAACAACCCAGUAGCUGGCCUACAGGAAUCCUUUGGCAUCGAUUUACACACAGGUGCAGUUUUUGUGCGUAACCCAAUCAACAGAGAACUGGUAGCUACGUUUGAGAUCAUCGUGUCUGUUCAUGACAACGCAAGUGACAUUAUUGACAAGUCAGUCAGUAUUCCCAACGCGAGGCUAACCAUCAACGUGUUGGACGUCAACGACAACGCCCCUCGUUUCCGACCCUUCGGGGUGACGAACUUCACCGAGCAGAUUCUGGAAGGGGCUCAGCCCGGCACGACGCUGCUGUCCGUGUCGGCCGUGGAUCCGGACAAAGGUCCCAACGGUCAGGUCACGUACGAACUGCUCAACUUACCCAGGGGGUACUACGUUCGGCUGGAGGACCCUUCCACGGGAAAGAUUGUAGCCAAUCAGACGGUGGAUUAUGAACUGGUGCAGUGGCUGAACUUCACCAUACGGGCUCAGGACCACGGCUCCCCUCCCAGAAGCACCGAGCUGCCGGUGUACCUGCGCAUCGUGGACGUCAACGACAACAACCCCAUCUUCCUCCAGCCGUCCUAUCAGGUGCCCGUGUUUGAGAAUGUGAACUUGGGCACCACCAUAAUUCGGGUCCGAGCCACAGACGCCGAUUCUGGACUCUUUGCCGUCAUCGAGUACAGCCUGGUAGACGGAGAGGGCAAGUUUGACAUCAGACCGACCACCGGAGAGAUCUACAUCCUGUCCCCUCUGGACAGAGAGACAAAGGACCACUACACUUUAACCGCUGUUGCCCGGGACAACCCCGGAGGAAUCCCAAACAACCGGAGAGAGAAUGCAGUUCAGGUUCUGGUGACGGUUCUGGACGUCAACGAUUAUCAGCCACGCUUCACGUCCAAAGUUUUCAACACCAGCGUGUUUGAAAACGAACCGAGCGGCACGUCGGUGAUCACCGUCACAGCCAUCGACCUGGACGAAGGGCAGAACGCUGCGCUCAUCUACACCAUGAUCGGACCACAUUUAGACGCCUUCUUGCUGGACCCCAUCACCGGAGUGGUGCGUUCUCGCCGCCUGCUUCAGUCCUCGGAGCGCUUCAACUUCACGGUGGUGGCGACGGAUCAGGGUCGUCCUCCUCUGUGGGGCACCGCAGACCUGAUCAUCACGGUCAUCGACGUCAACGACAACCGACCCGUGUUCGUCAGGCCGGCUAACGGAACCAUCAUUCACAUCACUGAGGAGCAGCCGCCGGGUCUGCCGGUCUACGAGGUGCACGCAACCGACGCCGACGAGGGCGUGAACGGAGAGGUCCGCUACGCCUUCCUGCAGACGGGAGCAGGAAACAGGGACUGGGAGAACUUCCGCAUCGACGCCAUGUCGGGGGUCAUCAGCACCACGGUGAAACUGGACCGAGAGAAGCAGCCGCUCUACAGCCUCAUCAUCGUGGCCCGGGACCUGGGUCAGCCGGUGCCGUACGAGACCACGCAGCCUCUGCAGGUGGCGCUGCUGGACAUCGACGAUAAUGAACCGGUCUUCCUCAAACCACCGGAUGGCAGCUUGGCGUACCAGAAGCUGACGCUGCUCGAACAGUCGCCUCCAGGAACUGUGAUCGGCAACGUGAGCAGAGCGGUGGACGCUGAUGAGGGCUCCAACGCCGUCGUUUACUAUUUCAUUGCAGGAGGAAACAACGWUGGAAACUUCGCCCUGAGUCUGGACGGAGAACUGAGGGCGCUGAAGGAGCUGGACAGGGAGGUCGUCCCGGUCUACUUCAUCAUCAUCAAAGCUUCCAGCAACAGGAGCUGGACUCCUCCCAGAGGUCAGAGGUCAUUACAGGUCAGAGCCCUGGACCCCGCUCUAGACCCCAGCCUCCUGAAAGUCCAGAUCCAACUGGAGGACAUCAACGACCAGACUCCACGCUUCACCAAGGCAGAGUACACUGCAGGCGUAGCAGCGAACGCCAAGGUGGGCUCGGAGCUCAUCAAGGUGCUGGCUAUAGAUAACGACAUCGGCAACAACAGCCUGGUCCAGUACCACAUCGUCACAAUCCGCUACUUCCAGACCCAAAGCAACGGCAGCGAAGACGUUGGCAACAUCUUCAUCAUCGGUCUGUCAGAUGGAAUCAUCCGCACCUACGACCUCUUCACCUCCUACAGUCCAGGAUACUUCCAGCUGGAGAUCCUAGCCUGCGACCUCGCCGGGCACAGCGCCGCCUCCAACGUCAACAUCUACAUCCUGCGAGACGACCAGAGGGUCAAGAUCGUCUUUAACGAGAUCCCCGACUGGGUUCGUGAGAACCAGGAUGACUUCAUCAGCCUGCUGUCCAACAUCACCGGAGCCAUCGUAAACCUGGACGACAUACAGUUCCACGUGGACAAAAAGGGCAGAGUGAGCUACGCUCAGACCGACAUGCUGAUCCACGUCGUCAACAACCAGACCAACACCAUCCUGGACGUKGAAAGGGUCAUCCAGAUGAUCGACCAGAACAAGGAGCAGCUCAGGAACCUGUUCAGGACGUACAACGUGGUGGACGUUCAGCCGGCUGUCGGUGACAAGCUGCCUGAUGACAUCUCCACGCUGCAGCUGGUCAUCAUCAUCCUGGCUGUGCUGCUGUGUUUGGCAGGAGUCCUGUUUGUAACGAUGAACUGGCAUUACCGCAGAGUACACCAAAGAAAGCUUAAAGCUAUUGUUGCAGGAUCAACAGGAAACCAGGGUCUAAUGGAUAUCUUGGACAUGCCCAACACCAACAAGUACUCCUUUGAGGGGGCCAACCCGGUCUGGCUGGACCCGUUCUGUCGGAACCUGGAGCUGGCGGCUCAGGCGGACCACGAGGACGACCUGCCCGAGAACCUGAGCGAGAUCACGGACCUGUGGAACAGCCCCGCCAGGACCCACGGCACCUUCGGCCGAGAGCCGCAAGCCAGACCCGAGGACGACCGSUACCUGAGAGCCGCCAUCCAGGAGUACGACAACAUCGCCAAGCUGGGUCAGAUCAUGAGGGAGGGGCCUAUCAAGGGUUCUCUGCUCAAGGUGGUCCUAGACGACUACCUGAGGCUGAAACAGCUCUUUGCAGCUCGACUCGUCACCAUUUCCACCACGCAGGGAGACGUGUCGUCCAUCACUGAGCUGAUCCAGAGCGAUCUGGACGAGGACGAUGACGAGCGGCUGAGCGUGGGCGGCGGCCGCGGCGGCACGCUGCGCUUCAAACACAAACUGCCCAUGGAGCUGAAAGGCCCCGAGGGCGUGCACGUAGUGCACGGCAGCACGGGCACGCUCCUGACCUCGGACCUCAGCAGCCUGCCGGAGGACGACCAGCGGGCCCUGGCGCGCUCCCUGGAGGCGCUGGACGCCGACGGCGUGCUGUUCUCGGAGCGGAACGCCCGCACCGAGUCGGCCAAGUCCACCCCGCUGCACCGCCACAAAGACGGCGAGGCGCCGGCCRACAGCCCCCUGGAGGUCACGGAGCUAUGACUAGCCGAGGCCUCGCUGGUCUGAGCGCCGCGUCCUCCGGGUGUCCUCCGGACCCGGAACGACCCGGAGAGUGUGCAGUCUGACAGGAACACCGCUGGGUGGGCUUAAAGAGGGUCCCGUCACCUCGAGCUGACGGCCUUUAAGGACGAGGCUCUGCAGGACGAUCKAAGCAACCAGCAGCAGGAUGAUGGUGAACUAUGACCUCAGUCCAACCUGUGACCACACCGACUGCAGCACUCAACUGACAGACCAGCUAACGGCCACAGCCCACUCUGACGUGGAAAAUGUUUUGUUGUGAUUGAUGGAACUUCUAAAACUGAACUUUUGUUUUUGUGACUGAAAAAAAUCAAAGAAAUUUAUUUAUAAAUUGAAACGAUUUUAAUUGUAUCAUUUUUACAAAGAUGGCGACGUGCCCACUGACUUCCCACUGCCACGCUCCCAGUUUGGUUUUAUACAGAAACGAGGACCGAAGAGCUUCUGACAGGAACCUAACGUCUGAGUGUUGUUUGUGCUGCAGCUGUUUUCUGUUGAGUGUUGUGUUUGUUUUUUAUAUUUUCAUUUGGUUUGAUCAUCAGGACUCAUGUUGUGGGAUGAGAUGUGAUAAAAAAUAAAAAAUGAUCCGUCUGCAGGGACAUCAAA